CUCAGUCCCGGGCCGCCCCGGGUCCCCUCCCUCCUACCCACUCGGCGCCCGCAUCUCGGGCCGUCAGGACCGGGCCUCUCCUCGGAAGUGCCCAGAUGGCCUCUGUUUGGAAGUGCCAAGCCAGGACAUCAGGGCACAUGACGGCUGUCAAGAUGCUCCAGGGUUCUUUUUCUGUGUUCCUGCUUGGGGGGCUCUUGGGAGUCCUCCACGCUCAGCAGCAGGAAGUCAUCUCUCCCGACAUCACCACCACCGACAGGAACAACAACUGUCCAGAGAAGGCUGACUGCCCCGUCAACGUCUACUUCGUGUUGGAUACGUCGGAGAGCGUGGCCAUGCAGUCCCCCACAGACAGCCUGCUUUAUCAUAUGCAGCAGUUCGUACCGCAGUUCAUCAGCCAGCUGCAGAAUGAAUUCUACCUGGACCAGGUGGCCCUGAGCUGGCGUUACGGUGGCCUGCACUUCUCGGACCAGGUGGAGGUGUUCAGCCCACCGGGCAGCGACCGGGCUUCCUUCACUAAGAGCCUCCAAGGCAUCCGCUCCUUCCGCAGGGGCACCUUUACUGACUGUGCCCUGGCCAACAUGACACAGCAGAUCCGGCAGCACGGAAGCCGAGGGGUGGUCCACUUUGCUGUGGUCAUCACCGAUGGCCACGUCACAGGCAGUCCGUGUGGGGGCAUCAAAAUGCAGGCCGAGCGGGCCCGUGAGGAGGGCAUCCGGCUCUUUGCUGUGGCCCCGAACAGGAACCUGAAUGAACAAGGCCUGCGGGACAUCGCUAACACCCCCCAUGAGCUCUACCGCAACAACUACGCCACCAUGAGACCCGACUCUACUGAGAUUGACCAGGACACCAUCAAUCGCAUCAUCAAGGUCAUGAAACAUGAAGCCUACGGAGAGUGCUACAAAGUGAGCUGCCUGGAGAUUCCUGGGCCCCAUGGACCCAAGGGCUACCGAGGACAGAAGGGUGCCAAGGGCAACAUGGGAGAGCCAGGAGAGCCUGGACAAAAGGGGCGACAGGGAGACCCUGGCAUCGAAGGCCCCAUUGGAUUCCCAGGACCCAAGGGUGUGCCUGGCUUCAAGGGAGAGAAGGGUGAAUUCGGAUCAGACGGUCGGAAGGGAGCCCCCGGCCUAGCUGGCAAGAAUGGAACUGAUGGACAGAAGGGCAAACUGGGCCGCAUUGGACCUCCAGGUUGCAAAGGAGACCCAGGAAGUCGGGGCCCCGACGGAUACCCUGGAGAAGCCGGAAGCCCCGGCGAGCAAGGAGACCAAGGUGCCAAGGGGGACGCUGGCCGCCCAGGACGUAGGGGACCACCAGGAGAUCCUGGAGAUAAGGGAAGCAAGGGAUACCAAGGCAACAACGGAGCUCCUGGAAGUCCCGGCGUGAAAGGAGGCAAGGGAGCGCCUGGCCCCCGUGGACCAAAAGGAGAACCCGGACGCAGAGGAGAUCCUGGAACCAAGGGCGGCCCAGGCAGUGACGGUCCAAAGGGGGAGAAGGGAGACCCUGGUCCUGAGGGGCCUCGAGGCCUGGCUGGAGAAGUUGGCAGCAAAGGAGCCAAGGGAGACAGAGGUUUACCUGGACCCAGAGGCCCCCAGGGUGCUAUUGGGGAGCCUGGAAAUCAGGGAUCUCGAGGAGACCCUGGUGAUGCUGGACCCCGUGGAGAUUCAGGACAGCCAGGUCCCAAGGGAGAUCCUGGAAGGCCUGGAUUCAGCUACCCAGGACCCCGAGGAACACCCGGUGAAAAAGGAGAGCCCGGCCCACCAGGCCCUGAGGGAGGCCGAGGAGACUUUGGCCUGAAAGGAGCACCCGGAAGGAAGGGAGAAAAAGGCGAGCCAGCUGAUCCUGGUCCCCCUGGUGAACCUGGCCCUCGAGGACCAAGAGGAAUCCCAGGACCUGAGGGAGAACCUGGCCCUCCUGGAGACCCUGGUCUCACGGAAUGUGACGUCAUGACCUAUGUGAGGGAAACCUGCGGGUGCUGUGACUGUGAGAAGCGUUGUGGUGCCCUGGAUGUGGUCUUCGUCAUUGACAGCUCUGAGAGUAUUGGCUACACCAACUUCACCUUGGAGAAGAACUUUGUCAUCAAUGUGGUCAACAGGCUGGGCGCCAUUGCCAAGGACCCCAAGUCUGAGACAGGCACACGCGUGGGUGUGGUGCAGUACAGCCACGAGGGCACUUUUGAGGCCAUCCGGCUGGACGACGAGCGAGUCAACUCCCUGUCCAGUUUCAAGGAGGCUGUCAAAAACCUCGAGUGGAUUGCCGGUGGCACCUGGACGCCCUCUGCCCUCAAGUUUGCCUACAAUCAGCUCAUCAAGGAGAGCCGGCGCCAGAAGACCCGGGUGUUCGCCGUGGUCAUCACAGAUGGGCGCCACGACCCCCGCGAUGAUGACCUCAAUCUCCGGGCCCUGUGUGACCGAGAUGUCACCGUGACAGCCAUCGGCAUUGGUGACAUGUUCCAUGAGACACACGAGAGUGAAAACCUCUACUCCAUCGCCUGUGACAAGCCGCAGCAGGUGCGCAACAUGACACUGUUCUCUGACCUGGUGGCUGAGAAGUUCAUCGAUGACAUGGAAGACGUCCUUUGCCCAGACCCCCAGAUCGUGUGUCCAGAACUUCCCUGCCAAACAGAUGAACCAUGGCCUGGCAGCAAGCCCCCGGUCACCUUCCUCCGCACGGAAGAGGGUCCGGACCCUACCUUCCCCAAGACCAUCCCCUUGAUCCAGCAAUUGCUAAACGCCACGGAGUUCACUCAGAACCCAUCUGCCUACUCCCAACUGGUGGCUGUGAUGGUCUACACCGCCGAGAGGGCCAAGUUCUCCACAGGGGUCGAGCGGCAGGACUGGAUGCAGCUGUUUAUUGACACCUUUAAGCUGGUGCACAGGGAUAUUACAGGGGACCCAGAGAGUGCCUUGGCACUCUGCUAAAGUCCUCGGGUUCACCAUGAGCAGACAGCCCAAGCUAACCCCUCAAUUCUUACAGCUUCCCAGUGCUGCCACCAUAAACUUAGGCCCUAGGCAACAGGGACCUGCCCUCCUAGUCCUGAGGCCAGAGUCUAAGUCUUUACUGUUAUUCUUUCUGGAGGGACCUUCCUACUUCCUCCAGCUGCUGGCAGAGCUGCCAUCCUUAGCUCGUGGGCACACUACUCCACUGUCACUUCCAUCUUCCCAUAGCCUCUCUUUGUAUCUGUGUCCCCUCCUUGUCUGUCCCCCUCAUUCCUCUUUUUUUUUUUAAACAAAGACUUCAGUGAUUGGAUUGAAGGCCCACCUUAAACCUCAGAAGUUCACAUCUGGCAAAGGACUGUAAAGGACAUUAAUAUUGAUGUUCCUGAGAUGUAAACUUCUGGGCAUCUUUCAGCUGAGCACACCAGCUCAGUCAAACUGAGCUACUCUGUGUUUGAAAGCACAGAUUGGGAUGGGGUGCUAUCUGAGUUCUUGGGGAGGCCCCUCCUUUCCUGCUUCUGAUUGGGGUUCAUGUUGACGUCAGGUAUGUGUUUAUAGCCUGCAAAACCAUAAGGAUGUAACAAGGGCCUUAAGGUACCUCCGCUUCUGUCAUGCCCAGUAAAUCAAAGUACCAGAGGUACCAGAGCAGGUCUGCCGGUGUGCCCCCAACACCUGCAUGCCCAGCCAGGUCUCUGGAUGUAUGAAGGCAUCAUGAGAGUAUCCGACAGGCAGAGCUUUUGAUACCCUCAGUCACGUGACUGAGAACCAUAAAGGCAUCCUCUCCCCAGUGUGGGGACUGAGCUCAAGGGACCUCAUCAGCCUGGACUGAUGUCCUUGUUCCUGUCUGUGCCCCUCUAGCCCAGGGUGAGACCUAUCCUCCUGGGAGGGUGACAUCCUAUCCCUGCUAUGAGGUCACAGGUAGAAGAAAGGACCCCACAGACAUGGAAUGCAGAGAUCCCUGAGUCCCCAAACUCCCAAUUACAAAUGGAUCUUCACCAGUCUCUCCUGGGUUCCCCCAGGCCAAAAACCCCUGCUGUAUGUCUGCCUCUGAGUUUGUAGUAGUAGCUGUGAGGGUGCCUGUCCGUUAUGAGCAGCUAGGAAGUCCAGUUGUCUCCCAAAAACAACUUUCUAGACACUCUGAGCAGAUCUGAGCAGAUCCCAGGGAUGAUGACGGGACAUGACUAGCAAGCUCUGUAAAAAGACCGACCCUAUCUGCAGGCAAUCCCUGGCUCAGGGCUCAGUCUCAGGGGGAGUGAGCCGUGUUAAGCAUGUUAUAAAAAGAUGAAACUUGUAACUUGAUGCAUUGCUAUGGUCAAAUAGCAAGUUUGACUAGUAUACACAGGGAUGGACCCUCACGUACCACUGGGGUUGGGUGGGGUGGGGGGGUGAGCAUUCUGGCAGCUGGGGCCUGCCUCAAUAUCUGUGGUCAUACAUGACUGGAGUCAGGCUAUUCUCAAUGCGAUUCCCUGGGGUCCCAAAUGGCUGGGCCAUGGCAGCAUGUACAGGUGAGCCAAGCUCAUCUUCCUCUAGGGAGAGCCUAGAUGGCUGCCUGGUGAAUAGGGAGCCAGGCCCCAGUCCGUGGUCUCCGACACGUGCGUGGUGGUAUAAGUGUGGCCUGGCUUCCAUAGUACUACGUGUCAGGGCUAGUGACCAUCCCCUAGAGGAAAGCAUCUCUUCAUGUCAGUGAGGCCACAAAGGGACUACCUGGACUCCUUCAGCCAUACCCUAGCAGCAUACCAAAGCUACAGUAAGGGCCAGGACAUAUGGGCCCUUCCUCUUUCUGGGCAAUGUGUGACUCAGACAGAUUGCUCAAAAGUAAGUGGCCCCUGGGAGAGGGAGUUAGGUCCAGAGGCCCUAUCUUACCUCCCAAGAAAGAUGGCCUUUAUGUGAGUAACUUUAUCUUGGGCUGAGGGUGGUCUUUGGGCUGUUGAGGGUCCCAGAGGUAGCUGGUUUAGGCUGAGACAUGCUUGGUGACAAAAGAUGGAUCUUCUGGCCUCUAGCCAGAUCUCUAGUCCUUUAGUUUGGGACCACUUAAGAGACAAUCCCAGGGAAUGGCAAGCAGACUCCCAAAGGAGCCUGAGCCAAUUACAUCACCUGAGACGGCUCUGCUGAGGUCCAUUGUAGCUGUGGGUGAAGCCCCAAAGUCCCAUGAUCUGGGAUCCAGUGGGCAGAGUGCAGGCAGAGAUGGGAUGAGUCUCGAGCUGGCCACCCCUUGCCUGCCUGGGCCCACCUUACGUCUUCC